AUGUACUCUUGCUCAUUGGAUGAUUCCCGGACAGGAUUUCCAACCGCGAGUGGGACCUCCGACGCUCGCGCGGGCGAACAAAAAGUGUUUGGAAACCUCCGUUUGAAAUCGCGAAAAAUCGGUCGUGUCAUAUGCUUAACUUGGACAGGUGCUGACUAUCCACGGACAGCAAUAUUUCCGGCAUGGUAUGCAUGCUGUGGUGGUGGCAUUAACGACACGGCGGUUUGCUCUUCGACAGCGCGCUUGUACGAACGACGUACGACCCUCCCUGACGAAGAGUGGACGUUCAGCCCCUCGACCACCAACUCGGAGUUCAGGACGGUGCGCCUGGUUAUCGUUGGUGUUGAUAUGUUUCUUUCCACACUUAUUCACUUUCGGCGUGAGCAAUGAUUCCGUGUGCCAAUGAUCCGUGUCUUGUCCCGAAGAGUUUUGCCCAAAUGAUGGUCCUGCAAGCCAUUGCUAAGGCUGGUUACAGGAAAUGGACCAAAAUUCAUGUAGCCACACCUACCUGCCAGACGAAUGUUGAACAUAACACAAGGUUGUCCUGCGGCACUAAGGUUAUUGGCCGCCCGGGCGCGAUGCAAGAGGACAUGGCCAAUUAAUGUCAUUGCGGUUGCAUGAUUGGUCGAUGACGUUCGGUAGUUAGUGCCGGUUUGCGUGCAACCUCCAUACAAAUUUGCCUGGAUACUGCAUCAUGUUCGGGAUAUGUUGUUUUCUCCUGCCGUGAUUUUUCGCUGUGCUCGAGUGUGUGCAUUUGGGCUAAAUUGCGGAGUCUUUGCUGCAGGCCCUACCGUUGUAAUCCGUUGCGUUUGAUAACUUGCCCUUCUUGUGUGAUCGUGUUUUUCAUGGUCUAUGGAACAGUCUCACGCA